CUAGUGUAUUAUGAAGAAUUUUGUAAAAUUAUACACCAAUUUUGUCAUACUGUACAGAAAAUACCUGACCUCUUACUGACAUUCCAACAUGCUUUUAAUUGUACGUAAUUGUGACAUUAAAUAUUCUAUAUCUACAUAUAUGUGUAUGUACUAUUUUAGUAAAACUCGUCUGAAUAAACCCCAAAAGACUGGUUGUUAGCUGUGGUAAUUGUACGAGUUAACACCAGGUGGUGCUAGCAGGACCCCUAAAACAGUGUCCCAUUUCAUUCAAUAGCCUACAUGUGUUUAUUGAUCAUUUUAAUGCUUGUCAGGGCUAGUGUCACUGGAGAGCAAUUACACUACCACUGUCAUAUGAGCUGAAUGCUUUGAUUAGUUCAAGUAAAAUUAGUUCAUAAUCAAGAACCUUGGUAUAUUUAAAAAAAUGAAACCACUACAGUCAGUGUGCAGUCAGUCAACAAGACAAAUAAUGCAACAAAAAGAAAAACAAUCUGCCUCCCAACAGAAUAAGAACAUUCAUUUUAGUAAAUAUUAAUGAGAAUAAAACUAUAUUUGAUUUUAUAUUUUCUUUGUCAAAGCUUGUUGAUAUGAUUUAAAACAGCACCUUUCUAACAUGAUAUGAUGUGCUUGUCACUAUUUCAUAGUUUCACAGUUUCAUAACAUCUGGAUUUCACACCUGGAAUAAAGCAAGGUGGCGUGCCUAAGUGGUGUAAAUAAUUAAUGACAAUAUCUUGCUAACAGAUCCCUGGAGAUACAAACACAGUGGCUCUGUUAGAAGAGAGAGAGAUGCUGGCAGACGAUGCAGGAAAACACAUAACAUGCCUGUUGGAUCGCUGCUGUUGGCUUUGAGAGGCGUCAGAGGCUGAGCUGCUGGAUCUUAUGUAUGUAAACAGAGGCAGAUAAACACUGGACAGCAUGUCGAAUGAGGAAAAAUGGGUCACUUUGAGUCCAAAUGAAUUCUCUCUUCUUCAAGACUAUGCACAAUACACAACUAAGAAACUAAAAGAUGUUCUCCAGGAGUUUCAUGGAGACGGGAUUCUGGCCAAGUAUAAUCCUGAAGAGAAGCCAGAAAUACUCAAUCAGCAGGAAAUUGACUACGAGGGUUUCAAGCUCUUCAUGGAGACCUUCCUGGAGAGUGAACUUGCUGAUGAGUUCUGCCAGCAUCUCUUCCUCAGUUUCUGCAACAAAGACCCCAAGCCAAGCCCCUCCAUGACAGACAAGCAGAGAAUCAUGGGUCUAAAACUCAUAAAGGGAAGCUCCACGCCGCCAAAGGUAUCAUCCCCGUCCAAAGCUCUCGGUUCAGUCCAGCUGAAGGAUAUGAUCUGCUACCUCUCUCUGCUGGAGGGCGGACGACCAGAAGACAAACUAGAAUUUAUGUUUCGACUUUAUGACACAGAUGGGAACGGGUUUUUAGACAGUAAGGAACUGGAGCACAUUAUCUCUCAGAUGAUGCAUGUUGCGGAGUAUCUGGAGUGGGACGUCGCAGAACUGAAGCCGAUUCUGGAGGAGAUGAUGCAGGAGAUCGACUAUGACCGUGACGGGAUGGUUUCGCUUGAAGAGUGGGUCCAGGGUGGUCUGACCACCAUUCCUCUGCUAGUACUUCUAGGACUUGAAACUAAUGUAAAGGAUGACGGGCAACACGUGUGGAGACUUAAGCACUUCAGUAAACCUGCAUAUUGUAACCUGUGUCUGAAUAUGUUGAUUGGAUUGGGAAAGCAAGGCCUCUGCUGCUCCUUCUGUAAAUACACCGUUCACGAGAGAUGUGUGGCUCGAGCCCCCCUGUCCUGCAUCAAAACAUAUGUCAAAUCUAAGAAAAACACAGAGAUUAUGCAUCAUUUCUGGGUUGAGGGAAACUGUCCAAGCAAGUGCGAUAAGUGUCACAAAACUAUCAAGUGUUACCAGGGUCUUACGGGCCUUCACUGUGUCUGGUGCCAGAUUACUCUACACAACAAGUGCGCUUCACACGUCAAACCCGAAUGUGACUGCGGACCACUGAGAGAUCACAUACUUCCUCCAAACACAAUAUGCCCUGUUGUACUGGAGAGACAGUCCACUCUGAGAAAAGACUCCAGCCAAUCAGGAGGUCGGGGGAAAAUACAAAGGACCGAUUCAGUAUCAGUGGAUGGACAGGGGCUACAGAUUACGCCAUUAGAAGGAACUCAUCCGUUGUUGGUUUUCGUCAACCCUAAAAGUGGAGGCAAACAAGGGGAAAGAAUCUUCCGAAAGUUCCAGUACCUCCUGAACCCCCGUCAAGUCUACAACCUGGCCAAGAACGGCCCCAUGCCUGGCUUAAAUUUCUUUCGAGAUGUUCCAGAUUUCAGAGUCCUGGCCUGUGGUGGAGAUGGUACCGUUGGAUGGAUUCUUGAUGUUAUAGAUAAAGCCAACUUUGAACAGAAUCCCCCUGUGUGUGUACUUCCUCUCGGCACAGGAAAUGACCUCGCAAGGUGUCUGCGCUGGGGUGGAGGCUACGACGGAGAAAGUCUUUUGCAGAUUCUCAAGGACAUUGAGAACAGUACUGAAGUGAUGUUGGACAGGUGGAAGAUUGACAUCACUCCUGUAGACAAAGAUGAAAGAGGAGAUCCAGUCCCGUAUAGCAUCGUGAACAAUUACUUCUCUAUUGGCGUGGAUGCAUCCAUCGCUCAUCGAUUCCACAUUAUGAGAGAGAAGCAUCCAGAAAGGUUUAACAGCAGGGCGAAGAAUAAGCUUUGGUACUUUGAGUUUGGAACCUCAGAGACCUUCUCGGCAACUUGCAAGAAGCUGCAUGAUUAUCUUGAGGUGGAGUGUGAUGGUGUCACCCUAAACCUCAGCAACAUCUCGUUGGAGGGCAUUGCCAUCCUGAAUAUUCCCAGCAUGCACGGCGGUUCCAACCUUUGGGGAGAGAGCAAGAAACGGAGGGGUCACCGUCGAACAGGGAAGAAGUCUCCGGAAAAGAAGACCCCAACUGUUGACCCCAAACAACUCGUUUUUGCUAUCCAAGACCCAUCUGAUCAGCUGUUGGAGGUGGUGGGGCUGGAGGGGGCAAUGGAAAUGGGCCAGAUCUACACAGGUCUGAAGAGCGCAGGCAGACGUCUGGCCCAGUGUUCCUCCAUCAUUAUCAGAACCAGUAAAGCCCUUCCUAUGCAAAUAGAUGGUGAGCCAUGGAUGCAGAGCCCAUGCACUAUUCAAAUCAUGAUUGAGAAUCAGGCCCGUAUGCUGAUGGGUCCUCCUCAAAGCUCUAGCUUCUUCUCCUUCUUUCGACGUGACCGCAGAGAGAGUAAAGACUGAAAGCCACGACACCUGAGAUCAACGCCACACCUGCUGUAGAGUUCAUGUGAAUGGUGAAAACCAUUGUGCAGGUUCCUGACAGCUGCGGUUAGGCUACAUAUCUCUACCAGUUUGCCGUCUCAGCUAUUUGAUUCAACUGCCAUUAUGCAGUACAAGCCAAGCACUGGGAGGAAAAGGCCAAACUUGGGGCAUUUUUUUGUUCUCAGAUGUUUAAAAAGGUAUGUUUUGGCACAACUGGAAUUGGAAUCAGAGAGAUUUGAGGAUAAUAGGCACUGCAAAAACACUUCAAAUCUGAAGUCUUUUAGAGUUUGAGUCUUAUAUGUAGAUUGAGAUGGACUCGUGAACAGGAACUAUUUUAUUUUGGGUAUGUUAUUUAAGAAGUGAUGGAUUUCUUGGUGCCAAAUGUGAGAUAAGACAUGGCCAAAUGAAAAACAAAGUACUUUUUAACUUAUAACGUGUGAUGUGUUAGUCUAGUGGGACAUUUUUCAUAUUCUUUAGCAUGCUGGGUUCAAAUCUAGAACUUUGUAAAAUUUUAUUUUAUUUUAUUUUAUUUUGCAUCUGAAAUUGUCAGCCAGUCGUCCAGAACUUUGUAAAAUUGUAUUUUAUUUUAUUUUGCAUCUAAAACUGACAGCCAGUCUUUUUUCUAUAGAAACAAAAAAAGUGGACUUACCUAAUUUUGAUGUCCAUGGGUGAUUUCUACGACAGCAUGUUCCUACAUUAAUCAUGCAACUUGAUUCUUUUUUUUUUUUUUUAAGUAUAAAUACAUUGAUUGUUUUGGAAGUUGCAUUUUAAAAAUUCACUUGGAUAAAAAAAAUUUUUUUUUAACUGGUUUUCUAAAUCACUACUACUUUCCAAAGCGCUAAACAUGGUCAAGUUACAAGAUUCAACUAAACAUUGAAGAGAAUCAUUUCCAGAAGCAUGAACAUGUGGACAAACAAUCUUUAUAUUGCAAGCACAAAUGGAGGUUUUAGGUUAUUGUUAGACAAUCCUCGUCCAGAGUUAGUAGUCGAUGCGCAGUGUUUAGGCUUUUUAAUGCUAAUGCCUGUCUGUGUUUUAUUUUAAGCCGAAGCUGCUUGCUUGUUGGAGAAGAAUCAGAUUGAAAGACUUGUAUUUUGUUGUAUUUUGUCUUUACAAGACAUGGUUGUCAUGGUCACAAGGUGCUUUGCUCAUGCAUAUUCAUGUGUUGUGAUGCACUUCUGCCAGAGCUAAAGCAAAUGUGCGACUGCACCUUUCCUUUUCUUGCGAUAGUAGCAGCAUGUAAUGAUGUGAGACACUAUUACACAUCCUGGUAACUUAAGUUUCUGGUUAGGCCUGGUUUAGUUUCACUCACCCCCACAGAGCCCGCAGUUCAUAAUAGGUGCUUUGUGCAAUGAACUGACAAUGAACUUGCCUGAUGUAUUUGCAUGUUGGAUCGAGAUAUGACGUAUGCCAUUUUUAGCAGUUAAAAGUUAAAACAGAUGUCAUAAUUCAUAGACCAUUUAUACCAAGGAUAUUCAAGGCCCAUUUUGGUAAAUUGAGAGUUUUAUAUCAUAUAAUAUAUAAUAUAAAUAUCAUAUUUUUAAAUUAAAUGUUCCCUCCUGGUGGAAUGACC